GGCGGAAGUGCUCGGGAGCAGCAAGGAGAGCAGCUGAGCGCCCCAGAUCCUCCAGUUCGCCCCGAUGGAUUGCUACACCGCCAAUUGGGAUCCCCUGGGGGAAUCCGCCUAUUAUCGGAAACUGGAACUUUACAGCAUGAGCUGGAAUUUGAAGGAAGACCUGCGGGACUAUUUGGUGGCUGCCGCCCCGUACGGGGGUCCCAUCGCCCUGAUGAAAAACAAGAGAGAGAAAUCGCCCAGCUCCCGGCCUCUUCUAGAGAUCUACUCUGCUUCUGGGAUCCAGCUGGCCAGUGUUGUGUGGAAGGAUUCUCCAGCCAUGUUCCUGGGCUGGACCACCAACGAGGACCUGCUCAGCCUCCAGGAGAACGGCAUCGUCCUUCUCCACAGCCUGUUUGGCGAAUUCAAGAAAAAAGUCACCAUGAACAACGACGUGAUGCAGGAGCGCGUGCUGGAGGCCAGGGUGUUCUACACAACGUACGGCACCGGUUUGGCCCUCCUGUCCGCCCUCCAACACAGGUUCAGCCUGGCCAACAAUAUCUACAACAUGAAGCUACGCAAACUUCCCGUAGUGCCAGGUCUUCAAGGCCCCCCCUCCUGCUGGACGGUCUUGUGCCAAAACAGGGUCACCAACGUUCUGCUGGCUGUCGGUCAAGAGUUGUAUCUUCUGGACGACGCCUCCUGCACUCCGGUGACCCUGCCUUGGCUCAGCCCGCACGCCGGCUCCUUCCUCAGGAUGGCCGUGUCGUUCAACCACCGGUUCUUGGCCCUCUUCACCGACACCGGCUACGUCUGGAUGGGGCGGUCCAACUUAAAGGAAAAAUUGGCUGAGUUCACUUGCGACUACCGAUCCUGCCCCAAGCAGAUGGCCUGGUGUACGCGACAGCACAGCCGCCAGCGUGCCGUUGUGAUGGCCUGGGACCGGUGCCUUGUGGUAGCUGGAAGCGACCAGCAAAGCAUUCAAUAUCCUCUGAACGAGGAUUCGCAUCUGGUCCCAGAGCUGGAUGGGGUGCGCAUUUUUUCUCGCUCCACCCAUGAAUUUCUCCAUGAGAUCCCAGAGGCCAGUGAGGAGAUCUUCCGGAUCGCCUCCAUGUCGCCCGGAGCUUUGCUGCUUGAAGCGCAGAAGGAAUACGAGAAGGAAAGCCAGAAGGCGGAUGAAUACCUGCGUGAAAUUAAGGAGCAGAAGUUGCUUCCCGAGGCGGUCGAGCAGUGCAUUAAAGCAGCCAGCUACGAACACUCCCCACCUAUCCAGAAGGCUCUGCUCCAGGCAGCCUCUUUUGGGAAAUGCUUCAUCGACAAAUUUGCUCCGGAAAACUUUGUCGAAACCUGCCGAGAUCUGCGGGUGCUUAACGCUGUCCGAGAUUACCAGAUUGGGAUCCCCCUCAGCUUCGAUCAAUACAAGCAGCUGACCAAGGAGGUUUUGCUGGAUCGGGUGGUUUUAAGAAGACUUUAUCCGGUGGCCAUCAAGAUUUGCGAGUAUCUCCGUCUUUCCGAAUUCCAAGGAAUAAGCCGGAUUUUGGCCCACUGGGCCUGCUACAAGGUUCAGCAGAGAGACAAGUCGGAUGAAGAACUGGCCCAAGUCAUCAACCAGAAACUGGGGGAUGCGGUGGGCAUUUCGUACUCCGACAUCGCUACACAGGCGUACGAGAGCAACCGGACCGAGCUGGCUAUUAAGCUGCUGGAAUACGAACCCCGGCCGGGCAAGCAGGUCCCUCUUUUACUGACUAUGAAAAGGAGCCAGCUGGCGUUGAGCAGAGCCAUUGAGAGUGGGGACAGCGACCUGGUUUACACCGUUAUCUCCCGCCUGAAGGACGAACUCGGCCGGGGCGACUUCUUCAUGGCUUUGCAGAACCAGCCGGUCGCCUUGAGUCUCUACCGUCAGUUCUGCAAACACAAAGAGCCAAACACACUCAAAGAUCUUUACAACCAAGACGACAAUCACCAGGAGCUGGGCAACUUCCACGUCCGUAGUAGCUACAUCAGCGAAAAGUGGAUCGAGGGCCGUGUAGCCAGUCUGCAGAACGCGGUUGACGAGUACUACAAAGCCAAGAAUGAGUUUGCAGCCAAGGCCACCGAAGACCAAAUCAAGCUGUUACGUCACCAGCGUCGCUUUCAGGACGACUUUGACAAACCCUACGUGGACCUGUCCCUGCACGACACCGUCUACAACCUCAUCCUGGAUGGGAAGCACAAAUUAGCCGAGCAACUUUACCGGGACUUCCGGAUCCCCGAUAAACGGUUCUGGUGGCUGAAGAUCAGCGCCUUGGCGGAACAGGGGGCCUGGGAAGAUCUAGAGAAGUUCUCCAAGUCCAAAAAGUCACCUAUUGGCUACCUGCCCUUUGCAGAGAUCAGCAUGAAGUAUGGCAACUCCAGCGAGGCCAAGAAAUACACCGCCCGAGUGACCCCCGAACAGAAAGUCAAGGCUUUCCUCUUGGUGGGGGACUUCAGCCAGGCUGCCGAAGCGGCCACCGAGCGCAAGAACGAAGCAGAGAUGAAUCUGAUCCUGUCCAAGUGCACCGACGCCACCGUGGCGGCCAAGCUGGAGCAGGCGAAGUCUCAACUGGGAAAGAAAUGAGC